GUUACUCGCGGUGAGUAAAGGGUUACAUUUGGAAAAUGCAAAGCCCGUUUUGAAACCUCCUGAAAUACUGAACAGCUGUGACUGUGAAACGUUAAACCCUCUAAAAAUCCUAAACCUCUGUAGCAUGGCAUCUCGAGCAGCGUCAAGAACUGUUAGGUCCGCGUUCCGUUCAGCUGGAAACCCAUUUAGACAUGCAGAGGGUACCAAUCGCAGCAGACCGAUUUCCUUUCCAGCUAGAAAUGGCCGUGAAACAGCAAUCUUUAGAAGAAGAUGCGUCAAGUCAAUGAUACCGUUGCAUGAUGCUGUUGCUGCUGCUAAACUUGUAUCUCACCUCUCCGUCAGCUCAAGGACUUGCAGCGCCCUUUCUCUCGGUCUUCAAAGUUAUGUCCAUGCUCCUUUCCAUGCGUUAUGCAUUGCUAGAGGCACAUGGCAUCUUGAAGCUGCUGAUAAUGACCCCAUUAUUAAAUGCAAUGAAUAACUUGAGUCUUCUUGCAAUGGUUUAUCCUGAAUAUAGCAGACAUGCAUUUCUUGAGCCUUUGAUUAUUUGACAAGCUGUAUAGCAAGAAAUUCAAGCUGAAGCAACUAUCAGUUGACAUAUUGAGUCUUCUCGCAACGGUUUGGCUUGAAGUGAUCUUGGAGUAACUCCUCAUUAUAUUAGAAAUGCAUUUCUUGAGCCUUUGAUUAUUUGACAAGUUGUAUUGCAAGAAAUUUAUGAUGCAUAUGGCAAAGUUGUGUUUCAAAGGUGGUGGUUUUGUAUCUGAUGCUGGAAGAAAGAACAUUCAUGGAAAUUCCAAAUGCUUUUAUUUUGUUAGACGUA